AUGGCGUCCAUGGCCAUGGCCACUCUUUCGGGUCAAUCCAUGAUCACCCUCCAUCAAACCCAAACCCAAACCCGAAUCCGAACCCGAUCAAGUUUUUCCACUACUUCACCUUCUUCAGUCAUUAUAAGAAGUAAUCACUCUACAAUCAAAUGUACCAAACUUUCUUCCCAUAAUGACCCAAAACAUCGAACCAAAACCCGACCCAUACUGAAACCCUUACUCACCGUAGCGGUAUCCGCUGCAGCCGGCAUUGCCCUCCAUGCAGCCUACAAUACGUUCGGCAAUGGCGGCAGUAGUGGUGGUGGAGGUGGUGGUGGUAAUGGUGGAGGUGGAGGAGGGGGUUUUUGGUCAUUUUGGAAGAGGCUAUUUACUCGUGUAUUCAAAGCCGAAGAAAAUGAUCAAUCUUUGGACUUAAACAAACUUAAUGAUUUUAAAAAGUAUAAGUUAUCCGAAAUUAUGUUUUUUGAUAUAAGUAAACAGGAUUUUGUUAAUGGUUUAGAUGAUUGGUUAUAUGAUAUAGUUUGGAUUAGAUCGGGUAAUUUGUAUACGAAAGCCCAGUUGAAAAAUGAGCUUCAAAACUUAGUUAGUAGUGGUUUCUUUGAAAAAGUUAACUUCGAGUUAAAGCCUAAAGCAGACGGGACGAUAGGUGUGAUUGUGUCGUUUUUGGAAUCUACUUGGGAAAAGGCGGAGAAUUUUAGAUGUUAUGAUGUGGGGUUGUUGCCGUUUGGUAAACAGAAUAGCGAAAUGAUGAGAAUGGAGAGGGUGAGACCAUGUAUUUUGUCAGAGAAAGUGCAUAAUGAGAUUAUGCAAAUGGUGAAUAAAGAUGAAGGUGAUAAGGUGAGUUUUAGGGUGAUGAUGGAGAGGGUUAGGGAUCGGCUUGAGAAAUGGUAUCGUGAUGAAGGGUAUGUUUUGGCUAACGUUGUGAACGUUUUUAAGUUGAAGGAUCGAAAGGAAGUUGUUUGUGAGAUGGUGGAAGGUGAUAUUAAUCAAGUUGAAACUCGGUUUCAAGAUGAAUUUGGGAAUGUAUGUAAAGGGAAUACUCGGAUUGAAUUGGUGAAUAGGCAAUUGCCCAAACAGCUUCAAGAAGGAAAUGUUUUCAACAUUGAAGCAUGGAACCAAGGUUUGAACAACCUAAUUUCGCUAUCUUUGUUUUCAAAUGUUGAAGUAUAUCCCCGGCCUGCGAGAGAGGGAGGGUUUGUUUUAGAGAUUAAACUUCAAGAAAAAGGACUAUAUGAUGCAAAUGUCAAUCCUUGCAAUUGGAGGAUUGAACCUAGAUUUGGAGGCCUUCCAACUUUGGCUGAAGUCCAACCAGGUGGAACCGCUACAUUUAAGCGACGGAAUAUAAAUGGUCUUAACAGGUCAAUUUAUGGGUCUGUGACCACCAGUAAUUUUCUCAAGCCUCAGGAUGAUCUGGAAUUUGAGCUUCAGUAUCUGCAUCCUUACUUGGAUGGUGUAAGUAAUCCCAGGAACCGUACUUUACAAAUGAGCUGCUCGAAAACCAGAAAACACAGUCCGGACUUCACAGGUGGACCUGAAGUACCCGAAGUACCUAAUAUAUGGGUCAACAGCUCUGGCAUCAAAGCUAAUAUCAGUGAGGAUAUCGCCGAUGACAGCAAACUUACAUAUGGAAUUGCUAUGGAAAAGAGAAUGACACGUGAUGGAAGCAAUCAUAUUACUUCAAAUGGUAAAAGGUUUACACCAAAUGGCGAUAUUAGAACAGAUGGUCUUCCAACAACAUCAAGUGGAACGCACAUAGACCAAUCCGCAUUUGCUCAAGCUAGUAUUGUAAAAGACAACACUAAGUUUGUAAAUGGAGCAAUCGUCGGUACAAGAAAUGUCUUUCAGGUUGACCAAGGUCUAGGCAUCGGCAGCAAGUUCCCAUUAUUUAAUCGUCACCAACUAACAAUGACAAAAUUCAUACCGCUGAAGAAAGUGGAGGAAGGUGCUGGCAAAUCACCACCACCAGUGCUUGUUCUUCACGGGAAUUAUGGUAGAUACAUGGGUGAUCUGCCUAGUUAUGAUGCCUUCAUUCUUGGUGGUCCUUACUCAGUUAGGGGCUACAAUCCGGGUGAGAUAGGCACCAGUAAAAAGAUGCUUGAGCUCGCAGCUGAAGUACGAGUGCCUGUGAAAAAGGCACAUGUGUUUGCAUUUGCAGAACACAGGAAUGAUUUGGGCAGUUCAAAGGACGUAAAUGGGAAUGCGACUGAGGUGGACGCACGAAAGGGUCAUGGUUCCUCUUUUGGGGCCAGGGUUAUGAUAGGUCCAGUACGAGCAGAGUAUGCUGUUAAUCUCAACUCAGAAGGUGGUGGUUUAUCUUUCAGUUUUGGAGAUAGAUUUUGAGACUUAUUUGUGUAUCUACCAAUUUAUCUUUCUGUUUUCUGAUUUGUAUAUACAAAGAACUUAUGUCGCCUAUAGACUGAACCCAUGUACUGUACAGUAACUACUUAUGCCUGGUUAAUGGAACUGGAUCAACAAGGUAACAGAAUGAACACAUGAACA